AUGACAUCAGGCAUACAGAUUGACUCAUUAAACAACAACAAUAAAUGUAAUAGAGAUGAUAAUGAGGCAACUAUCGAAUCUUCAUCAAAAGAAUACUUAAUGCAAGAUUCCAACAAUAUCGAGAAAUCAAUAAUCCAUCAUCUUAUAAUAUGGCAAUCGAAAUACUCAAAUCAAAUAAUUUUAAAAUUAAACCCUUUUAUAACCCAUCUCAAAACCUCUAGUAAUACUCAACAACAGCAUAGUUCGGAGGAGAGAAACCAAAAUAAAAAAAGAUUUGAUGUUUGGUCAUUUAUGUUCCUUAGCUCAUUAUUAAAGUCAUUAUCUAACUAUCCACAUUUAAUUUUGCUCAUUAGACUUAUUCAUUCAAAACAGUAG